AACAUGGUCUUCAGUCGCACGGUGGCCGACAUGACGCGUGAACCGGUCGUGACGUUCGCAUCGUGGAUGACGUUUGGAUUUCCCACGGCUUUCCUCAUCCUCAUCGCCUGCUAUUUUUGGAUGUGUAUUUCGGCUUUUGGAUACAGACGAAUCUUGAAGUGCGAGACAAUGGUGACGUCAGAUGAAGUGAAGCGGAUGAAGCAGACGAUACAGGGAGAGUACAGCAGACUUGGAAACAUUAAGUUCAGCGAGGUGAUCGUCCUCCUUCACUUCUUUGCCCUGGUGGUGCUGUGGAUGUUUCGGUUCCCUGGCACCUUCCCUGGGUGGGCAACGUUCUUCAAACCCAGGUAUGUUACAGACGGCACGACCGCCAUAGCCCUUGCUGUUAGUCUCUUCGUCUUCCCCAACACAAGACCAAACGUGUUGUUCUUUAGGAGGAAGGGAGAUACCAGCCAAUCUAGAUCAAUGCCUGCUAUACUAACAUGGAAGACGACAUCUAGGAAAGUACCUUGGGGAGUUUUGUUCCUUCUUGGUGGAGGCUUUGCGCUAUCCGAGGGGAUUAAGGUAUCUGGGCUGUCCAAGGUCAUCGCCUCCAAUGUCAUGUUCAUGCAGCACAUGCCAGCUUGGCUCACGUGUCUGCUGGUCAUCGCUCUGACGUCAGCACUGACCGAGGUGUCGUCAAAUACGGUGGUGGCGGUUCUGCUGUUGCCAAUGUUAAAAAAUCUGGCUGCUGUAAUGAGAGUCCACCCCUUGUAUCUUAUGCUUCCCGCCACCGUAGCAUCGUCCUUGGCCUUCAUGUUGCCCAUGGCUACAGCGCCCAACGCGCUUGUGUUUGCAUACGGGGAUGUCAAGGUCAUAGAUAUGGUUAAGACUGGUCUGGCUUUGAACGUUUUCGGAAUUGGAGUAGCCGUUCUUGGUGUCAACACUUGGGGCGAUUCCCUAUUUGAUCUGGGAUCGUUUCCUGCCUGGGCUAGCAUUACCUCUGUGUAAUGGGCAUCACAUUACAUUACCUCUGUGUAAUGGACAUCACAUUACAUUACCUCUGUGUAAUGGACAUCACAUUACAUUACCUCUGUGUAAUGGGCAUCACAUUACAUUACCUCUGUGUAAUGGACAUCACAUUACAUUACCUCUGUGUAAAGGGCAUCACAUUACAAAACAUCCGUGUAAUGUGCAACGUAUUAAAUAAUGACGUGAAAAUAAUAAGAGGUUUCUAUACCACAAGCGUUGAUUAACAUGUUUCAAAUUAGUUAAGUAAUAUUUUUGUAACAGUAGUACUCAUUUUAAAUGUAGAGAA